AUGUUUGGCUCGCCGUUGGUUCGAUGGCAAAAGGAUUGCGAGUGGUCCUGGCAGCCCAUUUCCAUCAAUCAUAUGUUCUGCUCUACCGGAUUUGGUUUCUUUCGGCCCCAGCGUGGGACCAACAUGCCUGACGCCGGACAUUGCGCGGCGCCCCGGCGUCUUUCCCGAAUAGGGCUCGCCGGACAAGACAAAGGAUCCUCACGAAAGAAAAAGAAGAAAAAAAGUCGAAUAGCUUCGAUGGAUUGCCAUGUUGCGAGCAACGGCAUUAGUACCCGUAAACUCACAUAUAAGAUGUUCAAGAAGUCUCGCAGUCUUGCGUCUCAUCAUCACAAAAGGUUCAUUUCUGCUUUGCCCGUCAUGCCUCUCACAGUCCGCCCAGCCGCCGAGUCAGACCUGCCUCGCUCCAUCGCCAUCGAAAAGCGAGCCUAUGGCCCCAACAAGUCGUCGCCCGUCUUCUUCCCCGGCGGAGGGCUGAAGCUCGAGGACCGCAUCGCCGUCAUGACGACGCGCAUCAGGGAGGAGCCCGCGUCCCAGUGCAUCAAGGUCGUCGACACCGAGCUCGAGGACAAGGGCGACGAGGCCAUGAUUGCCUUCGCCUUGUGGUUCAUCUGGUCCGGCGAUCUGAGGCCAAGCUUCCCCCAGCGCAAGUGGGGGGCCGGCACCAACCUGGAGGCGUGCGAGGCGUUUUUCGGCGAGAUAGACCGGCAAUGGUGGGCGAGGUUUGAGGGAAAGCCUCAUCUUUGUAAGUGUUGGAAGCUGUACAACGUAUAUAAGACAACCAUCAGCUCACCCCGACCCUGGCCAGAUCUCAAGCUUCUUCACACCGAUCCCGACCACCAGAAACGGGGCGCCGGCGGCCAGUGUCUCAAGUGGGGGACCGCAGAGGCCGACAGGCUCGGGCUCGUGUCGUAUCUCGAGGCGUCGGAGGAGGGACGGCCGCUGUAUGAAAAGUACGGCUUCAAGGAGGUGGACAGGGUUGUCGUGGACCUGACGAAAUGGGGCGGCACGGAGCCUGCCACUGCGUAUUUGAUGCUUCGCCAGCCGGUGCUGAACUAG